UGCAAAGUGCUCAAAACGCCCGAACCCUCCCACGAUUUUGAAACCUCAUUCACAGGCGAGGAGAAAAAAAACAGGAAACCCUCCGAUCCCCACCCUCUCCAAUGGCCGCUCCGCCGCCGACGCUCGCCCUGGCGGUGGAGAAGGGGCCACGGGCGGGGGAGACCCGGCAGUGCAGCGCGGGCGCCGCCCUCCGCGUCGGUCGCGUCGUCAAGGGCAACGAUCUCGCCGUGCGCGACGGGGGCGCGUCGCAGCAGCACCUCGUCAUCGAGUUCCUCCCGCCGCCCGGCGCCGGCUGGGCCGUCUCCGAUCUCGGGUCCUCCAAUGGCACCCUCCUCAACGGCAAGCCCCUCGCGCCCACCGUCCCCGCCCCGCUCUCCCAUGGGGACCUAAUCAAGGUCGGCGAUUCAACCGUGCUCGCCGUCUCCAUCGCGCCUGAUUCGGAUCCCAAGCCUGUCGCCAACCCCAGUUCCAGGCGCUCCUCGCGCCAGACGGCGGUGGUGGCACCGAUUGCGGCGGAGGAGAAGCCCCCUGCGGUGACCCGCCGUGGCGCACGAAAGAAAGCGCCGCCGGCCGCCCAGCACCCCGACACGCAGAAGGAAGAUCCAGAGGCAGAGGGAGUGGCGGUGGAUGAGAAGCCCCAGGUGGUUGCGCGCCGGGGAGGAUGGCAGAAGCUGGCUGCAGCGGAGCCCCUAUUUGAGAUGGAGACUGUGAAGGCGCCUCGCCGUGGAGAGCAGAGGAAGCCCGUGGAGCCGUCUGCACCAGAGAAUGAGGAGGUGGAUAAGGAGGAGGCCAUGGCGGUGCCGCGUCGUGGCAGACGGAAGAAUGCUGCGCAGCCCCCUGAACUAGAGAAGGAAAAGGAGGAGGCCACAGUGGUGACGCGCCGUGGUAGACACAAGAAUGUUGUGGGGCCCUCUGAACCAGAGAAGGAAGAGGAGGAGGAGGCCACGGCGGUGACACGCCGUGGCAGGCAGAAGAAUGUUGUGGGGCCCUCUGAACCAGAGAAGGAAGAGGAGGAGGAGGCCAUGGCGGUGACACGCCGUGGCAGGCAGAAGAAUGUUGUGGAGCCCUCUGAACCAGAGAAGGAAGAGGAGGCCACAGCGGUGACACGCCGUGGCAUGCGGAAGAAUGUUGCGGAGCCCCCUGAACCAGAGAAGGGAAAGGAGGAGGAGGCCACAGUGGUGACGCGCCGUGGCAGACGGAAGAACGUUGUGCAGCCCCCUGAACCAGAGAAGGAGAAGGAGGAGGAGGCCACAGUGGUGACACGCCGUGGCAGGCAGAAGAAUGUUGUGCAGCCCCCUGAACCAGAGAAGGAAAAGGAGGAGGAGGCCACAGUGGUGAUGCGCCGUGGCAGGCAGAAGAAUGCUGUGCAGCCCCCUGAACCAGAGAAGGAAAAGGAGGAGGAGGCCACAGUGGUGACGCGCUUUGGAAGGCAGAAGAAUGUUGUGGAGCCCCCUAAACCGGAGAAGGAAGAGGAGGAGGAGGCCCCGGUGGUGACAAACCGUAGAGGGAGGAAGAAGAAUGUGGUGACGGACGCCCCUCCGCAAUUGCCUCCGAAGAUGAGGUCCAUAAGGGGCCGUGGCAAAAAGGCUAGUGCAAGCGACGUGGUUCUUGAGGAUGUGGAAGAGAAGGGAGGAAAUGAGUUGGCUGUAUCAAGAGCUCGUCCUGAGGACUUGCUCGUUUCGGCGACAUUGAAGGGUGUUAAGGCUCAGAAGAGGGAUAAGGUGGCAUCUGGGGAUGGAGACAUAGAAGGGGCUGCAGUGUCAUUGGAGGAGAAAGUGCCGAAGGGGAGGGCCAGUGCUCGGCUUGCCGCUUUCGAUAAUGGUGCUAAUGCGGCUGCAGCACCCAUUGAAGAGAUGGAGGAGGCUGUGGAUGCAACGCUCCGAGGGAGGCAGAAGAAGGACGUUGAACCUCAUGAACCAGAGAGGGACGAGGAGGAGGAGGCCAUGGUGGUGACACGUCGCGGGAGGCGGAAGAAGAACAUGGAACCUCAUGAACCAGAGAAGGAAGAGAAGGAGGACAAAGCCCCAGUGGUGAUGCACCAUGGCGCAACGAAGAAGAAUGCGGCGCCAGUUGCUCCUGUAUCACUGCCUCCAAAGAGGAAGUCUGCAAGGGGCCGGGGAAGGCCUACAAGGGCCAGUACAAUGAACACAGUUCUUGAGGAGGAUGUGGUGGAGGAGGAGCAGGGGGGAAAUAAGUUGAGUGCGUCAAGAGCACGCACAGGGAAGCCACCGACUUCGACGACGGUGAAGAAGGGGGAUAAUGCAGCAGCUGUGGAUGGAGAGGUCAAAAGAACUGCAAAGCCGUUGGAGGAGAAAUUACCAAAGAGGAGGGCCGUUGCUAAGCUUGCUGCUAACAAUAUCUCUUAUGCGGCUGCAGCCGAGCCCACUGAAGAGAUGGAGGAGGCUACAGAAGCGUCUCACCACGGGGGGCAGAAAGCCAUGGAGCACCCUGAACUAGAGAAUGAUGAGGAUGUCACCAUGGUGACGCGCCGUGGGGAGCGGAAGAGGGCUGCUGUGGUGAAGCGCCGUGUUGCCGGGAAAAAGGAUGUGGUGGCAGUGAUGAGGUCUGGAAGGGGCCGAGGAAGGGUUGGAAGGACUAGGGCAAGGAAUAACGUUCCUGAGGAAGACAACAUGGUGGUAGAAAAGGAAAAUGAAUUGCCUGUGCCAAGAGAGCUGGCAGGGAAUCUGCCAGUUGCGACCGUGGUGAAUGGGGGUGAGGAUAGAGAAGUCAAAGGAACCAAAAAAGCAGUGGAGUCUGAAUUGCCAAAGGGGAGGGCCAGUGCCCAGUCUUCUUCCGACAACAAGAGUGAGGAGGAACAGGGUGGUGCGGAUGGUUCUUCUAGAGUUGCCAGUGCCCAGUCUUCUUCCGACAACAAGGGUGGUGCGAAUGGUUCUUCUAGACUUGAUUCAGGAUCUAAUGGAAUCCCCAACACAACAAGCAAAUACAGAGAGGAUAGAAAACUGAAGCCGUACUCGACUCCCUUUGAUGUCAGGCUGGAUAGAGCUCUGAAGAAAUACUCUGCAUGAGUUACUGGUUGCUAAGUUUAAGAGUUAAAAAUGUGUUAUGAUUGUGUGGAUAGGUUCUGUUUCUACUCUGUAGGAAGAAUGACUCGUAGAUUUUGGAGUCUGAAUCCAACUGAAUUUUGUGUACAUUGAAAUGGAGAUGCAUGUUUCGUUCC